AUGCCGGUGGCCGCAUCGGGCGGCCUCGUCCUCUGUCGUGCGCCGGCCAUCGUGUCCAACCCUCUCACCGGCGUGUCCCGCGUACUCCCCACGCCGCCGCAGAACCAAGGCGUUCCGCAGCUCCACGCAAUUGCGAUGUACAACUCCCUCUACAGUGUGGCGCUCUUCACAGGCGAAGUCCCUGACAUGUCAAUGUCGGUUUUUGACUCAUCCAAGGACUCGUGGGAGGGCCAUGUGGCGCUGAAGCGGAGCAGCGAGACCUCUUCCACUGAAGCACCGGCUGAGGGCGGCGACAGCAACAACUGUACGAUCUACUUUUUGAGAAAGUCGGGCGAGGCCUAG